AUGCGUGUCGAUAACCAUACACACAUUCGUCAUAUUAUGCUGUACCACUUUGAGAAAGGAUGGGAAGCAGCGCAGUCAUUUCGCGAUCUCAAAGAACUUUUCGGUGAGGGCACAAUCAGCAAAAUUCGAUGCAAAGAAUGUUUUGUCCGUUUCAAAUCUGGCAGCAGUAGCUUGGAAAAUAAGCCAGGAAGAGAUCCAACAUCGAAUUUCGAUGACCAGGCACUUUUGGCAGCCGUGGAAGGAGACGAAAGCUUGACAACUCGAAUGCUGGCCAACAACUUCAAUGUGGAUCAUUCAACCAUCGUUUGGUUAUUGAAGUAA